UCAAGGCUAACGUUCGCGGUGGCGACGCCACAAAUGGUUGAAAACCAGUCGGUAGUUGAAGACGCCAAUUAACUUGUACAUUUGAAAAAUGACGUCUUUGCAUUGUAGUUGAACCGACGUCAAAGUAAUUGUAGUUUUCGGUGCGCGAUCUCAGCGCCGUGUUUGUUAACACGUUAGCUAGCACAUGUAGCUGUUAGCACAUUUUCUUCCACCUUUCGAGCACGUCUGUUGAAACUUGAAGUUCAUCGUGCACUUGAAGUGGUCCCACGUGAUUGCACGAAUUCAGCGUCUGACUGUUCUUAGGAACCUUUCCAGAUGAUUAUUUGGAUUGUGAUUCCAUUUCAGUUCCAAUAUUUUGUUGGUCGAGUCCAAAAGUAGGCCUACUCCAAAGGUUUCUUUUCAUGCCUUAUGCGAGGUCACACUUUUCAGCAACAUCAGAAUUAUUUUUAGCACAAUAUCUUUCUCUCUUGUGCGGAUGCAGUACCAAAGCAAAGAAUCAUGUUCUAAUUGUGUACAAACGUCUUGGAACUUGGGGGGGGGGGUGAAUAUACUACCUCAUGCAAAAAGACCUUCCUUUUGUCUAUUUCCCGUGUUCUGGAACGACAACGAAUCCAAAUUGACCCCAAAGAUGAGCUUUCAAAGUGGAAGGCGCCGGAGCGGCUUCACGCUGCUGCUUUUUUACUCUGGGCGCCAUUUUCUUGUUUCUGGUCAGACGCAAAGCGCCCCCCGCUGGCCGGGGAGAGGAUCGAUUCAGAGUAUUUGCUGAAUCGGGGAUGGUCCGGCGGCCGUCUGGUGAACGCGGCUGCCUCGCAGUUCUGAGGCUGCGGGUUCAAAUCCGGCCUCCCCCGUCUGGAGUUUUGCACGUUCUCCCCGCACCUGCGUGGCUUUUUUUUUUUUCUUCUUCCGGGUACUCAGCUUUCCUCCCACAUGUCCAAAACAUGCAUGUCAGGUUUAUUGAAGACUGUAAAUUCCCCCAUAGGUGCGAAUGGUUUGUUCGUGUGUGUGUGUGUGUGUGUGUGUGUAGCCUGCAAUCGGCGGGCGACCAGUUGAGGAUCUACCUCGCUUGACCCUUGCCCAGAGUCAGCACACUGUAGCGAUAAGCGUUACGGGAAAUGAAUGAUACUGAAUUUGACACGGGUAUGCGAUACAUCGAUAAGGCAAUGUGUAUUUUAUUUAAAGAAUGUUGUCCACAUUCCCAAAUAAUUUCAGACGAAGAUGUUCUUUCUUUACUGAAGCGGUUCUCUGACCAGGUGACUUUCCUGUUCUACUUUGAGCUUCCUGCUUUGUCUCUGCAGAGGUUGUUUAUUUUUAUUUUUUAUUUGAUUCCUGUUUUCCUCCUUGUGGUCUUGGUGGACACGAAGACCACAAUGUCUGCUUGUCCUUCACUGUCUUUCAGGACUCUGCUUGCCUCUUUGCUCCAGACUUGACUUUGCGUGGAUCCUUCCGGACGCAUCUUGAGCCUUUUUUUUUUUUUUUUUUGGUGUCAUUGUCCUCUUUGACCUGCGAUGGACGGCGCUCCAAAAGGCUUUGCGGCGGGGCGGGGCCUCCUAGCCGCCGCCGACACCUUGAACUUCAGCGUGAACGAGCAGCGGCCCAUCCGGCAAUUGGGGGGCGGGGUUUCCGGGGGCGGCGGCGUGGAGGAGCAGGAGAGUGGCUCCCGCGUGGCCCGCGGCGGCGGCCAUCUGGGCGGCACCAUGAAGCUGUUCGCCAGCUUGGGCCUGUCACCCUCCGAUCUGGACGCUCUGGCUCAGAUCCCCGAGGAGGACAUCAGCGUGGAGACGCUCCCGCAAAUCCUCAUGCAGCUGAAGAACCGAAAGGCGGGGCGGGGGCCCGCCUCCGCCCCCCCCGACGAGGCCUACCGAGGCGGCGGGGGCAGGAUGGGCGCCGCCUCUUUCGGCCAGGGUUCUGGCUCGCCGGACUUCGGAUUCGCUUCCCCGCAGGGGGCCUCCCUGGGCCGCGGGAUGGGCUUGAAUUUCGGUGGCGGCGGCGGGGGCAGAGAGCGGUCAUUCUCUGAACUUUCACUCCACGAUUCCUACGGCGGUCUGCAGGGGGGGUUGCUCUCCCAGCCCGCCUUCACGCAGCCGCGCAGGAAAGGCUCCCCGUCGCAGGGAAAGGUCCAAGACUUUUUGGGAGCCCCGCCCGCGAGGUUCCCGCACGUGUGCUCUCUUUGUGACUUUGACGUGCAUUCCAACAUGGAGUGGACCCAACACACCAAUGGACUUCGACAUGCUGAGAACAGGCGUGUGCUGCUCAACAUGUACCCCGAGUGGGAUCCCAGCGGGGCACCGGGAAGAAGCGGCGCCAUGGAGUCCACCAACCUGUCGGCGGGACUGCUGGGACCCGCCCCCUCGGCGCCCUGCCCGGCGGCCAGGGUGUCGUCCAGUUGGGGACCUGGACCGGGAUUGGGUCUCGGCAUGUCGGGGCAGAACCGCUCGGGCUCAAACAUGAUGAGGAGCAGAGUGGUGGUGGUGAAAUACGACAGGAGGCCGCUCAGCAACAAGACCUUGUUCGCCUUCGCUGAACCUUUCGGCCGUCUGCGGGAGAACCUGGUCCUCAAGAAUAAAGCGUUUCUGGAAAUGGAGACCCACGAAGAGGCGCUGGACAUGGUCAGCUUCUACGAGCGGAAGCCGGCCACGCUCUACGGGAAGCCCAUCACCUUCUACCUGUCCAACAGGCUGAUGUUCAUCCAGAAGGACGAGCGGUCGUCGUCGGACCGUCCGCCCUGGCCCCCCAGGACGGACGGUCCGGGUCGCAGAAGUCAGGUGGUCUUCUUCUCCAACCUGCCCAGAGAAGUCGGCAAGAAGGAAGAGCUGCUGACCAUCGCUGCUCGCUUUGGUGUGGUGGAGAAGCAUCUCUUCUUGACAGACCAGGCGUUCAUCCAGUUGGGAACGUUUGAGGACGCAGAGAUGAUGGUCAAGUACUACACGGUCAACCCGCUCACAAUCAAAGGACGAUCCGUCCGCCUCAACAUCUGCACAAAGUACAAGACCCUCAACAUCGACCGCAGACACAAGGAACCGGUCGGAGGGAGCGGUCGCAGGACCGGAACCCAGAGGAAAGCGUCGAGGUCUCGGUCCCGGUCUCCUUCCAGGAGCCGAGACGAGGAGAACGGAGCCAAAUCGGCUUCGGAGGAUGAAGAGGAGGUGGCGGGUGUGGUGGAGGGGGAGGGGGAGGAGCAUCAGAGUGAGACGGCUCCGGAUGGGGAGCAAAAACCAAGUCGGGCGCCCGCAGAGACUGAGGAGCCUGAGGGAGGCGAGGGCGGCGGCCAAAAGACGGUGACCUCGCCGAAACCGAAGAACGCGGCCUCGCGCGCGAUCCUUCUACAUAAGACUGCGUCUUCGCAGGCUCCCGAAGAACACGGCGGUGACGCCAGGAAGGACGACCUGACGGACGAGACGCCCGCAGAUGACGGCGCUGAGGUUGAGAAGGGGGCGGAGUCGGGAAGCGGCGUCGAGCAGACGACGGAGGAGGACGACAGCUUCCUGGAGAACAUGGAGAACAUGGAAGACUUUGUGACGCUGGACGAGCUGCCCGACGACGAGAAGGAGGCCGAAGACGUGAGAAAGUCCGACGGCAUCGACAAAUCCAGGAAGGGGGGCCUGCGGGUGGUCAACGUCCUGGGCUUCAGGCGAGGGUACAAAUACCUGGAUGAGCUGCUGGCACUGGCGACGCCCUUCGGGAAGGUGGUGAAGCAUCUGGUCCUGGACUGGAGGCCAGAGGCCUUCCUUCAGUUCGCCACUGAAGAAGAAGCGAGGGCGAUGGCCAAGUUCUACAACGGGAACGUGAGGCCGUCCGUGUGCGGGCGUCCGGUCAGGGUCAACCACUCUCUGACCUACCCGACCAUCCAGUGCGGCAACAGCAGGGUGGUGUACGUGGGUCAGCUGCCCAACAGCAAAUACGAAGAUGAGGACGUCCUCAAACUGGCCGAACCCUUUGGCAAAGUCAAAAAGUACUUCCUGAACCCCAUCAAGAGAGAGUGCUUCCUGGAAAUGGAGAAGGCGGAGGCAGCGGACGAAAUGGCCCAAGCCUACAAAACCAACCAACCAAAGUUGAACGGUCGACGUCUUCUCAUCUACGUCAGCAGGAAGUACAUGCAGCUCAAGCAUAGUUGCCCCAGCGCCGCCGCCAAGAGGGGGCCGAUUAGCUCGCCUCCAAAGUCCUCCAAACCCUCUGAAGAACCUCCAGCCAAGAAAAUCAAAGAGGAAGAGGAAGAGAAGAAAGCCCAGGAAGAGCAACCGCCAAAAGAACUGACAGCCCACGAGGAAGAAGAGAAGAAGGAGGAGGAGGUGGAGGAGGAGGAGGAGGAGGAGGAGGAGGAGGAAGAAGGAGGGCUCAAACAGGAAGAGGAAAAACCUGAAGAGCAGCUUGAAGCAGACCAGAAGAAAGAUCAAGAAGAAGAAGAAGAAGACGAGGACGACAACGAGGAGGAGGAGGAGGAGCAAAAAGAAUCUGAAGAGCAGGAAGAUGCACUGAGCGCACGUGGCAAGAACGAAGAGGACACGGCGGCAGACAUUCCUGACGUUCCGGACCAGGAACAAGAACUGAAAGAGGAGACGUCGGAUGUCGCCAUGGAGACGGAAAACCCUCAGAACAAGGAGAGCGGCCCCUCGGCCUCCGAGACCAAAACCGCCGCCGCGUCGCUGCCGCUCCCGCCGUUCGAUCCCCAAAAGGCCGUCGGUGUGGAACACAUCAAGUUGGGCUACUACUGCCGCGUUUGUCUGCUCUUCUACUCCAACGAGGACAUGGCCAAGAAGACGCACUGCAGCAGCCAGACGCACUACGACAAGCUGCAGAAACAUCUGGAAAAGGAACAAGGCAAAACGGAGAAGAAGCGGGCCAAGAAGACGAGCGCGUGAGCGGCCACCGACACCUUCUUUUGUUUUUCUUUAGCUUGUGACCUUUAACCCUGUAGAUCGGACGGGACCGCCCUUCACGCAUUAGUUGUAGUUGUCAUGUGUCCCUUUCCAUAGUUUGGGUGAACUGAAGUUGGCACGUUUGUUUUAAGAAAUAAAUGUUUUACACACUU